UCGACGUGACGUGACUUGGUUUAGUAAGACGAUUUCAUUGGUGACGUGACGAAUUAACAUGGCGAAUUCCGGGAUAAGAAAGAGAGAAAGCUUGGAGGCUAUACCGGCCGGCGAACAAUCGUUUGUGAGAAGAACUGUAAAAAACUUAGUUUCUGGAACAUUUAGUGGUAUAGCUGUUUGCCUCGUUGGUCAUCCAUUCGAUACCCUCAAGGUUCGUCUCCAAACACAACCCGUUGACAAACCGGUGUACAAAGGACUUUUGGAUUGUUUUGUGAAAACCAUGAAAUGGGAAGGAAUUGGAGGACUGUACAAAGGAGUUGGCUCACCCAUUGUGGGUCAGAUGUUUUUCAGAGCAACUCUCUUUACAUCCUAUUAUCAGAUAACUGCAUUUUUUGCUGGAAAAGAUCGUCUUGGUCAGCGCCUCACAGUUCCAGAGUACUUUCUAUGUGGUAUGUUUACAGGUGCUGUUGCUGCUUUGGUUGAAGGACCUAUUGAUUUGUUCAAGUCAAAGAUGCAAAUCCAAAUAAUACGAGCGAAAUCUGGAGAGUCAGUCAUGUAUAGGAAUGUGUUCCAUGCAGCUUAUGUUAUUGUAAAAAAACAUGGAAUCCGAGGAGCUUACCAAGGUCUGCCUGCUACGUGGCUAAGGAAUAUUCCAGCUAAUUCAGCUUUCUUUGGUUUCUAUGAAUUAUGUCGCACUCUGUCGAUACCCGAGGGAGGUACGGUAUUUGACUUAUCCCCCAUGGCAUUACUUGCCUCUGGGGGAACCGGGGGAUUUCUAUAUUGGUUCCUUACAUACCCUACGGAUGUUAUCAAGUCUACUAUGCAAGCCGAUGAUUCUGUGUUGGAGAAAAGACGAUUUAAAAGCAUUAGGGACUGUGUAAAAAAACUUUAUAACGAUGAAGGAGGAUGGAGGCGAUUCUACAGAGGCUUUACCCCGUGUUUAAUGCGAUCCAUUCCAGCAAAUGCUACUUUGUUCUUUGUUGUUGAAACAAUCAGAAAGUAUCUUCCUUUAUAGGCCUGACAAGGUUUUACGACUGAGACUCUCCUAGUUAAAGAAUUAUGAGAAAUUUGUGACCAAAAACUGGUUAUGAAACACAUCACAGCAAUAUCAACAAUAUCGACAACUUUCAAUCUUAAAAUAAGCAGCUAGUCUGAGGCCCGUUUCUCGAAGAUCCUAGUAACUUAGCGGGCCCGUAAAGCUGCUCUGUUUUCAUUUAAGAUGGGGGUUUAGAGGGUUAAAUUAAAAUAUAAAACUUUCAUAUAAAGAAACAAGAACGAUUGGCUAAGGUGCAAGAACCUGCCUCGCAAUUCUUUAACUUCUGAUUCUAUGGCUUCGGUCCCGUUCAGUUACUGGACUAUCUAGAAAAAGCCCUCCCCUCCCCAGCCCGCAGAUAGCUAGUGCUAUUCUAGGCGGGAUAAUCUUCAAAAUCUAAUCAAGGAUUCCUAGAUUACCAUACAUUAAUAUUGACAUAGCAAUGGCUGUUUCAACAACUCGGGGAAUUCUCACAUAAAAUGUCUUGGUUCUAAUUGAAUUAAAUAUUGCCGGCAAAAAACGGUUAUUAGCCACCAAAAGAUGGAUCACCACGUGCGAAGUGCAAUUAUAUUCUUAUUAUUGUAAUUUAGGGAUAUAUGGGGAAUCUUAUAUUUUUAUUAUAAAGGCUUCUGAAGCGAUUUCCUCAAGCUAGACCAGUAAUACUUAUGCUUCAUUCUUUGGACUUUCAGCCAACAUGAAAGUGAUUAUCAAUUACAAGAAUCUUACGAUACAAUUAACUACUUAUUAAUAAACAGUUCCUAGACAUAUCAUGACGGUUUUUGUAUUGUAAGUGCUGAUUUGUUCGCUGUAUGUUUAUUGCCAAUAGUUCAUGAACAUUCGAGUAAGUUUCGCGGUUACUUGGUCUCAAGAUUGAUUAACUCAACUUUUCACUUAAUUUAGCUUGAGAAAUUCCCGUAGGAGACAUAAGAGAGGGGAAUAUAAAUCCCCACGAGAGUAAGGCGUAUAAUUCCAAAUUUAAUACAGUAUUUAGUGAGGUAAGUUUCUAAAGAAACUGUGGUGCUGCGUCGGUGGGGGAGUGUGACAAGAUUAUUUUUGGUUUAUCAACUGAGUUGAUAAUGUAAACCGAGCAUUUUUCGCUCUGACGAAGGGUUAACGCUCGAAACGUCAGCCUUGAAUCACUUUACGGUGGCCAAUUUACAUUGUCAACUCAGUUGAUUAAACCAAAAUUAUAUUGUAACGAAAAUAUUAGGUAAUUUACCAAACCUGAGUUAUUUUCCAUCAUUCCUUUUUGGGCUUUACAUUAGAUAGUGAAUCCAAUUAAAUUUUUCCCUCGAGGCGAUGUGCAAUAUUUUACUAGUGUAAAAGUCUAUUUUCUAGCCCUGCAACUUGACCAAACUUUUUACAAAUUCGACGAUAUUCAAUCCUAAAUCCAAAUGUCCUCAUGCUGAGAAAUGUACUUCCGAAGGGACAAGGAAGAGAUUGAAAGAUUCAAGAAGAAGAAUGAAG